AUGGCGACCUCCCCCGGAAAUGGCGUUUCAAUACGGACAAUCCGACUCAAAGUGCUCUACACGUUUGAUGCCGAACAGAAAGAUAAUCACCUGGCAAGAUGGCCUCAGCCGCUGGAGGUGCAGACUGCUUUUGUCGACGACGUAAAUCAGAUCGGUCUCAUCGAUCUUCGAACCUGUUUGGAAGCGGUCACAACCGCGAGCCCGGAGCUCACAACGGGUCUCGAAAAUGACUACACGGUUUACGCAUAUGAUUAUUCGGAACCUGACACACCGCUAGUUGGACAGGGAAUGUUGUCCAAGGCGCUGGCAAAUCAAAGUCAGUGCACCGGCAAUGAAAAUGAAGCCAUGGUCACAGGAAGAGUUAGCAAAAAUGUUAUGGGGUUGUUCUCAAAGAGUACACAAGAGACGCUGGAAGUCAAACUUCGAUUCACACCUGUGAAUACUUUCCCACCAAGAUAUCGUUCUGGAAGCGUGAGUUCUCAAGAUGGCAUUCGUCCCCAGUGGAAUACAAGCUCUGUUUCACAGUCAUUGCCUCGAUCAGCAUCUCCUGUUGAUACUGCAGCUCUUGAAUCCAUGCAGAGAAUGCUGAAUGGCGAGAAUAUGCAGAUCUCUGGACCUGGCGGCAGACCCGGCACACCCAAUGACUCUCAAAGCUUUAAUGGUCCUGCAAGACAGUCUGGGAACCGGUCUAGGCCGAGUUCGAGAGCAGGAACGCGUCAAAUGUCCCAUGGACGACGUGAUUCAUUCAACUCAGGAUAUUACAGUGGAGAUGAGAAUGUGGAGGAUGGGCCCGCAAGAAAGAGGGCGAAGACGACCAAGGUUGACUGGCCAACGAAGGCAAAUUUCAAUAUCGAACGGCAGCCUGAAUCAUUGCGGGUGGCGGCCAGCACUGCCUCCAGCGUUCGACUUCAUCGGCCUAUUGCAAUAAAUCCUGCUGCCGCUUUGCAGCCGGGCAUCUCGAUCGAGGAGCCCGUCAGACCACCCACACCAAUUCCUGCUUCGAACUCGGGCAAACCAAAGGGCCGACCAGGACGAAAGAGAAAGAAUCCUCCCAGCAAUUUGGUUCGUGGAUCUCAAGUCCGAGAGUCUUCACCAAUCACAGAUUCUGCACCACAGCCGGAGCAUCUCAAUGUGUCAGUAACCUCCCCAGAAGAUACUCGAGUUCGAAGUGUUUCCAGUACGCCAGCAAAUAUUCCAUCCUCUCCGCCCGUCAUGCCAGAACAUCAGCAUUCAGCAGUUACUAGUCCGGCUCUUCCGCCUUUGAUGGAUACCGGCCACGAUUCAGGGUUUAUGAGUGGGGAUCUUGAUGACCUUUUCGGAAAUGAUCAGCUGCUGCAUUUUGACGACUUCAUUGUCGACAAACCUGAAGACCUUCAAGGUGGAGAGACAGGGCGAGAUCAGCAACUUGCGGACACAUCUAACUUGUAUCCUCCGGUCUUCGACGAAGGGAAUGAUGUGGAAGAACCAGUCGCACAGUCAAAGUCCCAAAUGGUGCCUCCACCGCUGCCUGCGUCUUCACGGGCCCUACCACGAGCACAGUCAUACACACCCGCUCCACGUGUCAGCAUGUCAUCUCCGAGACUAGCACCAGCGCCCAUUCCAAGGGCUCGUCAGAUCAUGGAAGAACAACGUGAUCAGCAACGAAAUAAAGCCAUAGCUCCAGCACCCGUUCCCAAGAGUGAUCCUGCUCCCAGAAUUUUGCAGCGAGCGCAAACUUGGGGCCCUGAUAGCGAUGCAAUCUUGUCUGAUGUACCGGCGAUGGAAGAAUCCAGAGUUAAAGCAGUAUCCAAAAAGAAAGUGGGCAAGGAGAUGACCAAGGCAAGAUUGGAGAAUGCCAUUGCCAACGGAGAAAUGCCUCCGUUCUGCGACAAUUGUGGCUCCAUUGAAACUCCUGCAUGGCGACGUGCUUAUGCCAAGGUCUUUGAAUGUGACUGGGAUGAUGUUGAAACAUCUCUUGAGCAAGGCGAAUGUUGCUAUAAGGAACCUCUGGAACAUAAUCCUGAUGGGACAGUGAAGACUUUCAGGGGUUACAAGGCCGAAAAGAGAUCGGGAGAUGAGGCAGAAGAUUGGAUAUCGAUAACCUUGUGCAAUCCCUGUGGCCUGUGGUUUCAUAAGCAAAAAUGUCCUCGACCCCGAGAAAAAUGGCAGAAAAAGGACCCCAAAGAGAAGGGUAAGCGCAAGAGGAAUUCUCAUCUUUCAAAGGCUUCCAAGAAAGCCAAUGGGAGUUCUAAUUUCAAAGAUGAUGCCCAAACUCCAGCUAGUGACGAUUCUUCACCCGAUACGGCAACGGAGGCGCUAGAUCCUGAUGAAAACGAAAACGAAGCACUCAAUAACGAUGAUUUUGUGGCGGACAACAUGGAAGCUCAAUUACCCCCAAUGCCGCAAGCUUACCGGGCAAGCAGUGCAGAACCUGGGCCGAGGGGGCUACAGGCACGCACUCGCCAUCGAGCAACUCGGAGGCAAGUUCAAUCUAGCCCUGGUCGUGCCAAUGGAUCUGAAGCUUCCGCGCGUGAGAUUGAUUUAACGCCAAAGCCUGUUAGAAGGCAGCUUUUCCCUUCCCCAGACAGAGCACAAGUCCGAUCUGAUCCAGGCCCACUCACGACAUCUACCUCGACCAAGCUUUCCUUGCCGGCAUUUGUUCGCCGGAGCCCUAGGCUCAACAAGACUAGAGACGUCUUUGCAACUGCCGCUGGAGCGGUCGAAAUCACCGUGGAUGGAAAGGAAAAUGUGGUCCCAGCGGCCGUUGUUGAUGAUGGCCUCGCCGAUUCAUUUGAUGGACUUGCUAAUGUUGAAUUACCUCCGAUGACUCCAACCCCGAAGAGACGAUCGGAACGAUUGCUACUUAAGACGCCUUCGAAAACUCCUCAACGUCAGUUCGGUGCUGAAAUGUCACCAAAUGCUGAUAUAACCCCCAACUUUCGCACACCAAAGGCCAAGCAAGCGCCACAUCCUGCUCUUGCAGCGUUGCUAGGUACGGUGCGCAAAGACGCAAUGGCAUUAACACCCUUUUCUCGGUCGAUCCACGACGCUUUGACAAGUGAUAUGGUACCCCCGAUGAACUUGACCGAGGAAAACAAGGCGGCUUCACGUGGCGAGACGCAGAAAAAUACACCGAGCAAGGCCAUCUCGUUUGAUUUCCCCGAUCUCCCAUCACUCAAAACUUCUUCUCCCAUGUCAGGCGAACAGUUGAUCAACUUCAAUUUCUCUGCCAUGACAACAGAUCAAAUGGAUAGCGACCUCAUUGAUCCUUUCACCACAAAUGCCACAAUGCCGAGUUCCCCACCUGCGGGCAUCUUCGGUUUCCUCGAUACGAACGACAAGGCCAUGGGGACUAUGUGGGAUGGCAUCAUUGAUGCAAAUGCAGCACAACAUCACGGACAGUCUUCAUAUCCUAAUCCUGAAGCGUUGGGUGUGGUGGCGCCGUCGGCUCAACCAUUACGAAGAAGUCCUAGGAAACGAAAAGUGAAGUAA